GCGCGCGAGUGAAGAGGACAGCUAGCGCUGAUAGUGCACUCACAGUGCGAGUUCUGUGCAAAGAUCUGUUUACUCAUCACAGUGACACUCUCAGGAUGUUUUUCUCUGGUGGGCAGUGUGGUCAUGCUGGCAGACUGGCGGAAGUUUUACUGAAGUUCAGGAUACUUCUUUUCAUCAUUUGUCUUCACGUUGUUCUGGUUACGUCCCUGGCAGAAAAUGCUGAUAAUUUCAGCUUAUCAUCAUCUGCUGAACCAUCGCUCAUUGGUUUUGUCCCUUACUCUGAUGUCGUUGAAACUACAAGCCUCAAUGAAAAAACUAAAAUCACUAUAGUAAAAACCUUCAAUGCAUCAGGAGUCAAACCCCAGAGAAAUAUCUGCAAUUUGUCAUCCAUUUGCAAUGACUCAGUGUUUUUUAGAGGUGAGAUAAUGUUUCAAAAUGACGAAGAAGACAAUAUUACCAAGAUUCAAGAUAUAGCUAAUGGCACCCUAGCUGGAGUGUUGUCUCUAAAUGAAUUGAAACGAUCAGAGCUUAACAAAACCCUGCAAGCCUUAAGCGAGACUUAUUUUAUAAUGUGUGCUACAGCAGAGGCCCAAAGCACAUUAAAUUGUACCUUCACAAUAAAACUGAAUAAGACAGUGAACGUAUGUGCUGUAAUGGUUGCUUUGGAAAGAGUAAAGAUUCGACCAAUGGAACAGUGCUGUUGUUCUGUCAGGACACCCUGCCCUUCCUUCCCGGAAGACCUAGAAAAGCUGCAGUGUGACCUGCAGGAUCCUGUUGUCUGUCUUGCUGAUCAUCUACCUGGCCCACCAUUUUCAUCUUCUAGUGAAUCCAUCUCAAUUGCACCCCAGGCCACUAGUCUCUCCCAAGUCUCCAGUGUUGAGCCCAUAGACCAUCCGCCUGUGAGCCCACACCCUACUUCUCCCACAGAGGAGAUUCACCUUCCUUCUCCCCAGACUUCAGCUUCCAUAGCUUCCAGCCCUGCCAUCGAUACGUCCCUCCAGUCUGGAACUAUCUCUUCCUCUGUGUUCCAAACCAAUCUAUCGCACACCCUACUACCUGCGAAACCCUCACUUUCCUCUCCCAACACGUCUGCCCCUGCGAACGCCGUCCCUACCAGCACACUUCCUGGAAAGACAGAAAUUGUCAGCACCACCAGUGUUUCUGAUCUUGAGAACCAAGUGUCCCAGAUGGAGAAGGCUCUGUCCUUAGGCAGCUUGGAGGCUAACCUUGCGGAAGAAAUGAUCAACCAAGUCAGCAAACUCCUUCGUUCCCCGCCCUCCUUGCUGGCCCCGCUGGCUCAAAGAUUGCUGAAAGUCGUGGAUGACAUUGGCUUACGGCUGAAGUUUUCAAACAAAACCAUAAGUCUGACCUCCCCUUCCCUGGCUCUGGCCGUGAUCAGAGUGAAUGCCAGUCACUUCGACACAACUACCUUUGCAGCCCAAGACCCUGCCAGUCUUCAGGUCUCUCUGGAAACGCAAGCCCCUGAGAACAGCAUUGGCAUUAUCACUCUGCCCUCAACGCUACUGGGUGACUUACCAGCUCGUGAUGUGGCGCUCGCUUCCAGGAUCCAGUUCAACUUUUUUGAAACACCUGCUCUGUUUCAGGACCCAUCCCUGAAGAACCUCUCUCUGAUCAGCUAUGUCAUAUCAUCAAGUGUUGCGAACCUGACCGUCAAGAACUUGACGAGAAACGUGACAGUCACGUUAAAGCACGUCGACCCAAGCCAGGGUGACUCAAUGGUGAGAUGUGUAUUUUGGGACUUGGGCAGAAACGGUGGCAGGGGAGGCUGGUCAUCUGACGGCUGUUCCAUCAAAGACAGGAGGCCGAAUGAAACCAUGUGUACCUGCAGCCACCUCACGAGCUUCGGCGUGCUGUUGGAUCUGUCUCGGACAGCCUUACCACCUGCUCAGAUGAUGGCGCUGACGUUCAUCACGUACAUUGGUUGUGGGCUUUCCUCCAUUUUUCUGUCAGUUACUCUUAUAACCUACGUAGCCUUUGAAAAGAUCCGGAGGGAUUACCCAUCCAAAAUCCUCAUCCAGUUGUGUGCUGCUCUGCUCAUGCUGAAUCUGGUAUUCCUCCUGGAUUCGUGGAUAGCUCUGUACAACAUGAGAGGCCUCUGCGUCUCAGUGGCUGUGUUUCUUCAUUAUUUUCUGUUGGUCUCAUUCACGUGGAUGGGCCUGGAAGCUUUCCACAUGUACCUGGCUCUUGUCAAAGUCUUUAACACUUACAUCCGAAAAUACAUCCUUAAAUUUUGCAUUGUCGGUUGGGGACUGCCAGCUGUGGUUGUGACUAUCAUCCUGACUAUAUCCCCUGAUAACUAUGGACUUGGAUCCUAUGGGAAGUUCCCCAAUGGCUCGCCUGAUGACUUUUGCUGGAUCAAUAGCAAUGUAGUAUUCUACAUCACAGUUGUGGGAUAUUUCUGUGUGAUAUUUUUGUUGAACGUCAGUAUGUUCAUCGUGGUCCUGGUUCAGCUCUCUGGCAUUAAAAAGAAGAAACAACUGGGGGCCCAGCGAAAAACCAGUAUUCAAGACCUCAGGAGUAUUGCCGGCCUUACAUUCUUACUGGGGAUCACGUGGGGCUUCGCCUUCUUUGCCUGGGGACCAGUUAACAUCACUUUUAUGUAUCUCUUUGCCAUCUUUAAUACCUUGCAAGGAUUUUUCAUAUUCAUGUUUUACUGUGUAGCAAAAGAGAAUGUCAGGAAGCAAUGGAGGCGGUACCUCUGUUGUGGAAAGUUUCGGCUGGCUGAAAAUUCUGACUGGAGUAAAACUGCUACUAAUGGUUUAAAGAAGCAGACUGUAAACCAAGGAGUGUCCAGCUCUUCAAAUUCCUUACAGUCAAACAGUAACUCCACUAACUCCACCACACUGCUAGUGAAUAAUGAUUGCUCAGUACACGCGAGCGGGAAUGGUAAUGCUUCUACAGAGAGGAAUGGGGUUUCUUUCAGUGUUCAGAAUGGAGACGUGUGCCUUCAUGAUUUCACAGGAAAGCAGCACGUGUUUAACGAGAAAGAAGAUUCCUGCAAUGGCAAAAGCCGUAUGGCUCUCAGAAGGACUUCAAAGCGAGGAAGCUUACACUUUAUUGAGCAAAUGUGAUUCCUUUUUUUCUCAAACCAAAGCAUGAUGCUUGACAGUGUGAAAUGUCCAACUCUACCUUUUACACAAUGUGAGACGUAUGGAAAUCAACUUACUUUAUACUCAGCAACCUCUGGACGAACAUAAGCUAAUUGAGGGCAAUGGUUACUAUUGGAAGAGGAAACCAAGACAUUAUACCAUGGUUUUGUAGACAUUCGCAAUUUGGUUUCUUAGCCUUCCUUUUUGAAAGAUUUGAAUCAACGCACUAAGAAUAAGACUUGUGUUCAAAACAGAAAAACUAGUUAAUUUCCAGCCACACUUUAAAGAGGCGGUUAGCUUUUAUAAAAUCAUAUAAAGCAACUGUGGGUUUCAUUGAGCUCAUUGGUGAGUUUAGUUGUGCAUGCCUUUGUUGUAUAUAAGCUAAAUUCUAGUGACUUACGUGUCGAAAAUCUUAUACCUUUUUUUGUAUUUAUUUUCUACUGUGUAAAUUUAUUUCUUUGUGGAAUCGUGGUUGUGUUGUCUUGUCUAACGUGAUCAUUCAGAAAAUCCUUGCUGGUUCAGUUUAUUCUAAAGCUCCUCUUGGAGAUGAUAUGAGAUGUGAAAUAUAGACACCUCACUGAAGUCAGGAACUAGUGAUGCCAGCCAGACUGGGGAAAGGUACACAGACAAUGCCACGGUUAGUGCUCAUGACACAAAGGCACCCCUACCAGGCAGACACAGCCCCAUGGCUCAUGGUUUGGCAAACAGAGCAGGGGCUAUAUUUUAGCCCCGCCACCCUGUUGGGUACAUGCUUGCUUGUGCAGGCUAUGGCUUGUACAGCCAGACAUGGCAUCCAGUAACAAUACCCAUUCCUGACCUCAUCCCUAAUCAUCAGAUUAUGAAACCUGCACCGAGACAUUAUACCUGGGCCACAGAGGGGGAUGUCAUAUGGUCUGUCUUUGGAGAAAAGUGUGAAUGUGGAAGAGAUACAUACACUGCCACUCUCAGAUCCCCAGAGCCUUUCCUAAGAGGGGAGUAGAGUAGGAGUAUUUUUUACAAGAGAUAUGUACAUAUAAGGGGGAAAAAUCAUAUUACUGUUCUUUAAAAGGCAACUGCAUGGUACGUUACUGAUUUUUAUGACUGGUACACUCUGGCCCAGCCAGAGCUACAAUUAGUUUUUUAAAACAUGUCAAGUUGUAAAAUGUGUAUAGUGACAAGGGCAACAGUGACCGAUGCUCCAAUGCUCUUGUUUCUCUAUGUAUCAAACCUCGAUUGCUCCUAGUUAUAUAGGGUCUAUCUUGCUUUCCAUCUACACCUGCUUGAGCAGUGCCUCAAGAACAUCCUUAUUAGGAACAUUUCAAAACCCUUUAGUUAAGCCUUUUACUAAGGUUUCCUUGUAUAUAUUUUAAGUGAGCGUUGUAUCCCAGAAUAACCAUAGUUAAUAACAUGAUACAUCUCUGUGAGUGCUGAUUUGUCUUCACAAUAUUUCUUCUCUAAUUGUCUUGUAUUUAUGUUCAAAUCAACAAAAUGUUAAAAUCAAUUAAAUAAAUUUGCAGUUAAGUCC